AUGGAUCCCUACCUCGCAUCCUCGUCCUACGCAGCCUACUGCGAGGCCGGACAGGCUGAAGCCGCAGGACGGGGAGGCCGUGGGCAGCGUCGCCGCGAACAGGGAGAACCUCGACCCCUGGAUUUUUCUGCAAACGCCUUCCUGGCUUCCCAGGCACUUCGCUUUGUCCAGGCCGAGAGUCACGGCGCCCCGCAUGCAGCGCCGGAGUCGCAAUUUGGCGUCGAAGAAGCCGGCGCUCGCUUCACGAGAGCGGCUCUCGAGGGAACGAUGCGGGUGGGGUCACGAGUCGGAACUGCCCUCCUCCAAGAAGGCGGGAAAAUCCUCGAGAGAACCAACCUCGUGGGAGAAGGCCCCAAACCCCUGCGAGCGCUGUGCUUUGUCGGUGGAGUUGGGCUGAUUGCCGUCACGGUUCUUCAGAUAAUGAACAUUUUUUCGAUGGUCGGCAAUCCGGCUUCGUACAUUCUUCAGUUCUUCCUCAUGAUGUUCGGCGUGGCGAUUUGCGUCGUCGAAGCGAAGGACUUGGAGCAGCUAGAGCGCCUCCAGCCCUUCUUCGCCACGUGGUUCAAGUUCCUCACUGUCCCUCUCGGCAAAGGCCUCUUCUACAUUCUCGUUGGCGCCAUUUGCCUUUCUCUGUGGACGUCCAAUUUCUUUCUGCUCUUCGUCGGUGGGUACAUGGUCCUCAUGGGAAUCAUGUGCGUAAUGAUCCAUUUCGGUUUGCGUCACCAGCUGCAGCGCAACGGCAUCGACGUUUCGGACGACGAAGAAGACUCCCAGAGAGUUCGAGUCGGCGAGCAGAUUGGCGCAAACCAGAUCCAGCAAGCGCUCUACAACCCCGCUCCGUACUGA